AUGACUGUCACCUACACGGCCAGAGUUGCAAACGCUCGCUUCUGUGGUUUCUCCAAGCUGCUUUUGGCUUGGAAAGGAAGUAUCUACAAAGUGUUGUAUAAGGAGUUCCUAGCUUUCUUCGCCAUGUACACGGCCAUCAGUAUCACUUACAGGUUUUUACUGCCUGAUGACGAGAAGAGGUAUUUUGAGAAGUUGGCAAUUUACUGCAACCACUAUGCCAGUCUCAUCCCAAUGUCUUUUGUACUGGGUUUCUACGUGACCCUGGUGGUGAACCGGUGGUGGAACCAGUACACAAGCAUCCCGCUCCCCGAUCGGCUCAUGUGUGUCCUCUCAGGGGGCCUCCAGGGAAAUGAUGAGCGAGGCCGCCUGCUCAGACGCACCAUGAUGCGUUACGCCAGUCUGUCAGCCCUGCUCAUCCUCAGAUCUGUCAGCACGGCUGUCUUCAAGCGUUUCCCCACCAUGGACCACGUGGUGGAGGCUGGAUUCAUGACCAGAGAGGAGCGGAAGAAGUUUGAAGGCCUCCACUCUCCUUACAACAAAUACUGGAUCCCGUGUGUGUGGUUCACCAACCUGGCCGCCGUGGCCCGCUGUGAGGGCCGCAUCAAAGACGAUCACACGCUCAAGCUGCUGCUGGAGGAGCUGAAUGAGUUCAGGGGGAAAUGCGGCAUGCUGUUUCAUUAUGACAUGAUCAGUGUUCCGCUGGUCUACACUCAGGUUGUCACUUUAGCUGUUUACAGUUUUUUCCUAGUAUGUCUGAUUGGUCGCCAAUUCCUGGAUCCUAAUCAAGGUUAUCCAGGCCAUGACCUUGACCUCUACAUUCCCAUCUUCACCCUGUUGCAGUUUUUCUUUUAUGCCGGCUGGCUCAAGGUUGCAGAGCAGCUGAUCAACCCUUUUGGAGAAGAUGACGAUGAUUUUGAGACAAACUGGUUGAUUGACAGAAAUUUCCAGGUGUCCAUGAUGGCGGUGGAUGAGAUGUACGGCGAUCUGCCCAUGAUGGAACGGGAUCGCUACUGGAACGACUCCAACCCAAGACCACCUUAUACAGCGGCAACUCUUUUUGUCCUCCGCAAACCUUCCUUCCAAGGGUCAACGUUUGAUAUGGCGGUUCCCAAAGAGGAAAUGCACUUCCAGCCUCUAGAGGAGAUCGCCGAGAAUAUGGAGGAGUCAGUUAGCCGCCACCCCAAUAUGGCUCUCUUCAACCGGCUCCUGAACGCGGCCCCCUCGCACGCCGGCUUCAUGAGCGGAGCCCUGCGACGCACCUCAGCCCAGCUCCAGAGACUCUAUCCUUCCCCCAGCAUCGACCAGUGCGUCAGCGAUGACGACGACAGUGAAAGCUGCAAAGUGGGCAAAGGGGGCUCUUUGCCAUCUGGGCUUGGGCAGGACACCCAAAGCACCGUGUGUAGUUUACGGGAAGAGAAGAGCGCCAGAGUGCCUCUUUUGGAGAUUCAAUUUGGGGCUGAGCAAGGGAACUCUGACGUAAUCCACAGGGACGGGGACACUGAGACUUAUGGGAGUGGUCUUGAAGAUGGGUACACAAGAUGGGAGAAAGAAGAGAAAGCAGAGAUCUCAUCUCCUGUACUGCGCCUUCCUCCUCCCCCUCAGCACUCGAGAGGGGCUCGACCGGCCUCGGCCAUUCCCAUCACCUUCCAUCACCCCUCUCCUUUCCCGUUUUACCUCACGUGCCACUCCGGUCUGGAGCACUGCAGCUCGCAACCUGCGAUCAACCACCACAAAGCUGCGCCCUCCAUUCUUAAUCCUUCUUUAGGUCAACACAAAAUGUCCUUCCUCACCGUGCCAUCUUUGGAGCCCCAGCGGUUCCGGAGUGUCAGCAUGGGAUCAGAGGUGAUUGGGAUUUAAGUGCACAGCAGUUGCUCAUUGGAACUUCACGACUGUAAUGCUGAAUUUAGCCAUCCCUCUUUUAUACAGUCGAAUAUCUUGGGCAAACAACUUGGAAUAAUCAUUUAAUUUGGUCAAAUUUUCCUGGAAAACGUGUUUGAGAUUCACUGUUUUACUGUGUUUCACUAUAUUACUGUUUAUAUCGUUCUCUAUGUCUAUGAUAUUAAUUUUGUAAAAGAAGGCUGCAUGGUGCCACGAGACAAAAUAUUUGUUCUUAAUCUUUUUUGAUUGACAGUAUGUUUGUGCCAGUGUGGCGGUUUAUCUCUUCUUGUAAAACUACAGCAACCACAACGUGAUAAAGCUGAUGUAAAUCAAGACUUUUUGUACAAAACAUUGACAAACGCUACCUCUGUACCACAAUCAGAUGACAGUAAUGGGAAAUUUUAGGACUCUCA